AUGCCAGGCAUAACGGCUCGUAUAGUAUAUGUGCCAAAAUUGGACGAUUUCGAUACCCUGCGGCCCCUUUGCUACCCGCAGACCAACGUAUUCCUACUGUGUUUCAGUGUUGUCUGUCCGACAUCUUUCCACAACAUACAGGAGAAAUGGUUGCCUGAGAUCCGCCGUCACCGACACAAAGCGCCCAUCAUUUUAGUGGGCACUCAAUGCGACCUCAGGCACGACGUCAAAGUGCUCAUUGAGUUGGCUCAGUGUCACGAACAGCCCGUUAACAACGAGGUCGCCCAUAGGGUCGCCAAUAAGAUCGGGGCAAUCAAAUACGUCGAGUGCUCGGCUCUCACACAGAAGAACCUUAAGGAUGUUUUCGAUACGUCAAUACUGGCGGGCAUUGAAUACGAGCAACAAUUGCUGCAGAAGUCAAACAACAAGAAUACAUCCAAUAUUCUGGAGUCCUCGACGUCGUCUACAUGUCAGACCCCAACUACCGGUGCAUUACAUCCGCAACAACUGUUUUGUCGACAUUCCAGCAGUAAAUGCAACAAAAAGAUCACGAAUUCGAGUAAAAAUAGAUUACGAAAGGGUUGGCGACGAUUCUGUUGCGGUUUGUGA